UGGCCUCAGCUGCAGAGACAGUGAUGGUUUGUGAGAAUCUGCAGAGGUGUCACUUCACACCUCCGUGGCCCGGCCUGGACUUAUAAACCAGUGCAACAGAGCUGAGCGGCACUAAGCCUCCCAGUCUCUCCAGUCUGACCACAGAGUCCCGCUCCACACAACAUGGAUACUUGCUCGGCCGCUCUGCUCAACCACAGCCUGCAGUACCAGUGGUUCUCCGACUCGGACCUCUCUAGCAUCUCCUCCUCGGAGACCCUCUCGCCUGUCCUCUCCAUGGACUCCAGCCUCUCUCCCUCCUCUUACCAGCAGCUGCAUCAGUCCACUCCUAAGGGGGCCCAGACCGGAUACUCCCAGACCCUCAGGUGCUCGCCCUGCUCGCGGUCCGGACGCGGCAGGAAGUCGGGCAGAGGCAGCCGGAUGCGCAGCAAGCAGAGGGAGAGCGCCAGCGAGAAGGAGAAGCUGAGGAUGCGAGAUCUGACCAAGGCUCUGCAUCACCUCCGGUCCUACCUCCCGCCAUCAGUGGCCCCCGCAGGACAGACCCUGACCAAGAUAGACACCCUCCGGCUCACCAUAAGCUACAUCUCCUACCUGUCGGCCCAGCUGGGCCUCAGCGAGGAGGCGCUUUUCCAGAGGAGGGAACAAGGCGACACCUCGACCAGCGACGCAUCCUCGCCAGACAUCCUCGGCUACUUCCAGCACGGCGCCGUGGGGGGACAGGAGGCCCAGCUGCAGGACCAGAGCCUGGACCAGAGCCUGAACCAGAGCCUGUACCAGGCCCAGUGCCACAGCCAGGGCACCGUGCUGCAUUCUGGGAGCUGUGGUUUUGGGGCAGAUCGGUACGACAUGCAGUACUUUGAGGGUCCAAUGGGAGACACGAGCUUGGAGGGAAUCCUGCAGUCCUCUCCGGCAACACAGCCCUGCUGUCAGAUGGGUGGCAAAGACUUCUGCAUGCCGUUGGUUCCCAGAGAGUAUUGGGGUUGAACACUCAUCGUCGUCAUCUUACAACAGACACAAACUUCUCUGUCUUUACUGCCUCAAUGUGAAAGAAGUAAUUUAUUUGAAAUAUAUAUAUACUUUUCAAAAACUUUAUUUAUUUUGUCCCAUGAAAUACUGCGUGUAAAUAUUAAUGUAUUAAUGU